AUGCCUACCACAAACGAGCAAGAUGGACGCAUGAGGAAGUUCAAAAACAAAGGCAAAAAUGUUGCAGAAAUCCGUAGACGAAAAAUUGAAGUGAGAGUUGAACUUCGCAAAGCACGGAAAGACGAACAGAUUUUGAAGCGAAGGAACAUCUGCUCUUUGGCUGAAGCCAGCCUGUCUCCCGAGAAAGACGAGAAGAACGUGGUUACUCAGAUCUCUAUGAUAGAUAUAGUUGAGCUGAUCCAGUCGGAUGAUCUAUUUCUUCAGCUGAAGGCAGCCCAGGCAGUCAGGAAGAUGCUCUCCAAGCAAAAGAACCCACCCAUCGAUCAAGUCAUUGAAUCUGGAAUCAUUCCUAAACUGGUGGAGUUCUUGUAUUAUCACGAUACUCCCAACUUGCAGUUUGAGUCUGCCUGGGCACUCACCAACAUUGCUUCAGGAACCUCUGAGCAAACCAAAGCUGUGGUAGAUGCCAACGGCGUCCAGGGCUUGGUUGUCCUUUUGUCUUCUCCACACAUCCACAUCUGUGAGCAGUCGGUGUGGGCCCUCGGCAACAUUGCCGGAGAUGGAUCUGUCUACCGAGAUACUUUGAUCAGCUUCGGCGUAAUUCCGCCAAUUCUGUCACUGGUGACGCCGUCUACCCCGGUGGGCUUCUUGAGGAACGUCACUUGGACCUUGUCCAAUCUCUGCAGAAACAAAAACCCGCACCCUCCACUGGACGCUGUGAGGCAGGUGCUUCCCACCCUCACUUGCCUCCUGCAACACAAAGACAAGGACAUUAUCUCUGACACCUGUUGGGCGAUGUCCUACUUGACCGAUGCCUCGAACCAUCGCAUCCAGGUUGUGGUGGAGUCUGGAGUCCUCCCUCGGCUGGUGGAGCUCCUGUUCACCAACGAGCUGCCCAUUCUGACCCCAGCUGUGCGUGCUAUGGGCAACGUGGUCACCGGGACAGACGAACAGACCCAGAUGGCCAUCGAUGCGGGCAUCUUGUCCGUCCUGCCGCAGCUCCUGCGUCAUCCCAGGUCAUUGAUCCAGAAGGAGGCCGCAUGGGCUUUGAGCAACAUUGCUGCCGGACCGUGCAGCCAAAUUCAGCAGCUGAUCACCUGCGGGCUGCUUCCUCCUCUGGUGGAGUUGCUGGCCAAGGGAGACUACAAAGCCCAGAAGGAAGGUGUUUGGGCUGUGGCCAAUAUCACAAUGGGCGGCACGGUGCAGCAAGUGGUGUCGAUGAUCCGGGCCGGAGUCCUGAAACCUCUGCUCAACCUGUUGUCCGUCAAGGAUAGUAACACCAUCCUUGUGAUCUUGGACAGUCUCACCAACUUCUUCCGGACAGCUGAGAAGUUGGGUGAGACAGAAAAAUUGGGCCUUCUGGUUGAGGAGCUGGAAGGCGUGGAGAAGAUUGAAGCUCUUCAGACUCAUGAGAAUAACUUGGUCUAUCGCGCUGCUCUAGCCCUCAUUGAGAAAUACUUUUCUGGAGAGGUUGAAGACCUAAACCGUGAAAAUGAAGAGACGAAAACUCUGCCUUUUAAAGCCGAACAGCGAGAUUUUUUCGAUUUCUGA